CUGGCCAGCCAUUUUGUUCUUGUAAAAAUUGAAUUUUGUUUGAGCAAAUAACUAAUUUAUUUUAUCAUAAUAAACUAAUCUAAAAAGAUAUUUAGUUCUCAAAUUAGUUUCAUUUUAUAAAAAAGAAUUAUGAGUAAUAAGAAUACAUAUAACGAAGAUCUUUUUGAUUACAUUAAAGUUAGUGAAGAUGAAGACGAGACCAAUGCUGUAGAAAUACCGUGUGAACUAGAUGGCACCUUACUGUUGUCUACUCUAAUUGCACAAUUCCCUGGGGCAUGCGGUCUUAAAUACCGUCAUCCCGAAAGCCGAGGAAUUCGAGGUAUACGCUUAAGUGAUGGAAAAUUACAUCCUCCUACUGAGGCAGGAUGGGGUAAACAUUUAUAUCUCUGUGUAUUUCCAAAAGAAAACAAACGAAAAAUGGAAGAUGUAUCUUCGGAAAAUUCAGCUGCUAAAACAAAGCGUUUAGAGAAAAAGUUAAUAUGUUCAGAUCUUAUAUGCCUUGGAUUACCAUGGAAGUCAACUGAAGAAUCAGUUAAAGAAUAUUUUGAACAGUUUGGUGAAGUAGUUAUGGUUCAACUUAAAAAAGAUAAGAAUGGGGCUUUCAAAGGUUUUGGUUUCAUUCGCUUUGCUACAUAUGCUUCUCAAAUGAGAGCACUUGCCCAGAGACAUAACAUUGAUGGUCGCUGGGUUGAUGUACGUAUUCCCAAUUCUAAAGAGGGAGUUGUUCCUCAAAUGCCAUGUAAAGUAUUUGUUGGCCGGUGUACUGAAGAAAUGACAGCAAAUGAUCUCCGAGAUUAUUUCUCCAAAUUUGGUGAAGUUACAGAUGUUUUUGUUCCUCGUCCCUUCAGAGCAUUUGGAUUUGUCACUUUCUUGGAUCCUGAGGUAGCACAAAGUUUAUGUGGAGAAGAUCAUGUCAUCAAAGGUGCCUCUGUAUCAGUAUCAAGUGCAGCACCAAAGAUUAAAAGCAAAAAUAAUGAUUCAUAUGGCUCCAACAAUUGGGAUGGAAAUCGAUCUGGUCCACCAGGAGGAGGGAACAAUGGAGGCAACAGCAAUAUAGAUUCUCUUAACAUGCAAAACUUAGGCAUUAACCCAAAUUCAGGUGGUAACCCUAACUUUAAUUUACCAAUAAGCCUAGUUGCUGCAGCUCUGAACCAGGCUGGAUGGGGUGGAUUUUUAGGCGGACCUGGAAAUUCUGGACCAAAUAACUGGCAAAAUGGUCCACCUCAAGGUGGAAGUUCAGGAAAGAAAUGGAACAAUAGUUCAAAUUAUAACCAAAAUGGUCCACCAGCACCAUGGAACCAUGGAAAUAAUCAGGGUUGGAAUGGGAAAAAUAGCAAUUGGAACCAAGGCUGGUCAGGAGGACAAGGGCAAGGCUGGAAUGGUAAUGGCUCUGGUCCUUCUGGUUCAAAUAGUGGAUGGAAUAAUAAGCCCCAGACAUGAGGUGAGCUAGAGUGACCAAACCUUCUCAUAUAUUGAGAUAUUUAAUAACCAUUUAAGUUUAGAUUAAGUUUGCCGUUAAGCAAUAUUUUAAGUAAAUAAAUGUGACACAAUGUCACAAUAUUAUCGGUUGAUUAACAAUUUGCUGUAAGCCUGCUUCAUAAUCUACACUUAGUUUUCUAGAAGAUGUGGUCCUUCCAAGAUUAUGACUGGAUACUUGAAUAUGUCAAAUAUAAUUUACUGAAGUGGGUUAUUACUAAUUAUUGUAAGGUUGACAAUGUUUUGAGAUGUGAAAUGGCAUGUUUUGAGAUGUGAAAAAUAAAAGAGGUGUAUUAUGAGAUGGAUGUUUUACUUACAUGAGUUGUUUCAUAUUAAUUGAACAGAGAGGUAUGUUUGUUUAUUUUGUUUAAUAAAUAAUUUAGAAAUACUUAGCUCUCACAACUUUUUAAAUAUGUAUGAAAGUAGAUUUAUAUUCUGCGAGAGAAGGGUAAUGCAGUCAGUGGCUGGAUUGUGUGUAAGAUGUGCAGACCUCUUGAAGAUCAGAUGGAAACAAUAUGAUACGCAACAUAUGAAGUCAAGUGACUGAAUUAUACAAAAUCUCAAUGGGACUUCUAUAAUUGAUAUUGUCACAAAAAGACAUUGGUAACAUUUUCUUCGUAAGUCAAUUAUGCAGCAAUAACAAGGUACAUAUUAUUAUGCCUGCUAUUGGAGUGACAAUAUAUACUCUCUCAAGCAUCUGACAUUGGUAUUUUGAUCAUGGGCCAUCAAAUUCAUUGUACAAACAAUAAAUGACACAUUUUUUAAGAGGACUGAAAUAAGAAUAUGCUGAACGAUCUGUUUGGGAUAAACAGGGAGGCAGUCUCAAAACUGAUUUCAAAGAACAAUAACAUGAGCGAUUUUCACCUGAAAGGAAAACCUGAGAGAAGAACUGAUAAGAAGAAAUUAUGUACUAAUGAAUUAUCAGUAGAUGGUCAUACCAAAUAUUAAUAUCAAAAGUUAAUGAAUAUGGGUACCUCAGCGUAAUAAUCUCCCUUUAUGAUUAAAUGGAAAGAGAAAUUAAGGAUAGUUUGUGGCAGGAAAAAACCCUUAGUAUUAAAAAAUGUAAUGACAAAAAUUACUAUACAAUAUGUAUAAAUGAAAAUGAAAAAUAUACAAGAGUACAUGCCAUUUUAUGGCUGUGUAACAUGGUCUCUGACCAAGAGAGACCAUUGGCAAGACACCAAAGCAAUGGAAUUCUUAAUUGGGCCAUUGGGGCGUAAAUCUUCAGCGGCGUUACUUCUGCAUCCCCUUCAUAAAGGACUGUCCAUCACACCCCUGAGAAAUAGAUGUUAGUUUAGGGGACAGUAGCCGGUUAUAAGACCUAUAAUUUUGCGUAUUAUCCCUGGUCAAGUAGCGAGCAAACUUCUUUGAUGCCACUAGAACUGCGUUCUUUGUUUACUCAAAUACAAUUACGAACUAAACUUCAGCUAACUGUCAACUACCUGGUUGUGCCACACUGUAUGGGUUGUUAAUUUCAGAGGUCUGAACUUUCUCGAGCAACAUGGUGGCCGCUAUGUCUAUACAUACAAGUCGUGUUUGUGUGACGUUUAGUUUUUCUAUAUUUAAUGCAUGAAUGUGCCCCGCGUACCUAGGGUCCCUCUAUCUUCUACUGGAUCAGUGGCGUAAAAGAGAGUAGGUAUAGGUAGGAGAUUCACCUCCAACCUUGUAGAAAGCCUAUUCCUCUGUAAUUAUAAACUGUUUUUGUUAACUUCAAAACAAUUUUGAAUAAAAUGCUAUUUAAAUAUUUA